AUGAGCGCACUGGGCUUAGUACUCUUGGGGCUCAUUCUGAGUUUUAGGGCCACCACUGCUGGGCCAGUGGAGGGCAACCUUUGCUCUAAGAGCCAGGUGGCCUUCAGAGAUGCUUGCUAUGAAUUUGUACCACUUGGACGCACCUUCCAUGGUGCCCAGAGCUGGUGCGAGGGGCAAGGAGGCCAUUUGGUCUUCAUUCGGGACGAAGGCACCCAGCAGUUUCUGCAGAAGCACAUCUCCCAGGACAGGGAAUGGUGGAUUGGACUCACAGGGAGUUUGGUGCUGAAUGGAACCACAGAAGGGCCUGGGACUUGGUUGGACACCUCUAAUGUGACCUACAGCAACUGGGGUGGAGGGCAGGCUGUGCCCGCCCCCGACACCUGCGGCUACAUCGGGAGAGGUCCUUCCUCCAAGUGGGCCACCACAGACAACUGCUCUCAAGCGUUAGCCUUCAUCUGUGAGUCUGGGCAGUGCCAGGGGCUGCAGGCAUGCCAGGUGGCAGCAGACGGAACCUACUUUGGAGACCUUUGCCCCACUCUGGGCAGCUACCUGUGGGUGCAGUACCAGUGCCUGGAAGGCCUCCAGCUGACAGUGUCCAAUGAGAGUUUCAUCUUUGAGAACAUCACCAUCUCCCUGACAUGGCUCCUCUCUCCCUACAGUGGAAACCUGUCCUGUAUAAUUAAUAUGGGAGAUGGACACACUUUUGAUCCUUACUAUCCCCCCAGUUUGUCCAGCAAUGUGAUCUACCAGUUCACAUCUCCUGGGGAAUUCACAGUGUUUGCUGAGUGCACAACCAGCGAAUGGCAUGUGACAGCUCAGAAGCAAGUGACAAUGAGAGACAAGAUGGAGAGGCUCAGUGUGACUGGGUGUUCCAGCCUGUCCAGGUCAGGGAACAGCCAUCUCUGUCAGACUGUCUUUGGGGACCCUCUCUGGAUUCAGGUGGAGCUCGAUGGAGGAACAGGAGUGACUUACACUGUGCUGUCGGGUAACAUAACCCUGACAGAGUGCACCACCCUGAGGGGCUCACUUCCCUACAAUCUGACCCUGGACAGAGCAGCCCAGCAGCUGAUGGGCCCAGGGAUGCACCACCUGGAGAUCCAAGCCAUCAGCAACACCACCACCUCUGUGCUCUCCAGCAACAUCACCGUCCACUUCAUGGAGCCACUGUCAGGGCUACAGGCCUCCUGGGCUUCUGACCACUUGGAACUUGGAGAGGACCUACUGAUCAACAUCUCAGUGGCUCAUGGCAUCCCUGAGGAGCUGACCUUUGAGGUGACAGGACUCAAUGCAAACUUCUCCCAUGAGGAAGAGAGCUUUGGGGAACCAUUUGGGAUUCACCACGUGGCAGUUCCUGCUGAAGGUACUUGGGGUCACCUCAUCAGCCGACUGCUUUUUCUGCAGAAAGAGAAAGGGAAAAUCGAGGUAUACAUUGAACCUGGUCGAUAUGUGGAUCCUUUCACGACAGUGACUCUGGGCUGGCCGGACAAUGACAAGAAUUUACACUUCCAAUGGUCAUGUGGGCGUUGCUGGGCUCAGUGGAGCGACUGUGUUCAGAGGCGGCUACUCAGCACAGACCAGAGGGAGCUGGUGGUCCCACCCUCCUGCCUGCCACCGCCAGACUCUGCUGUGACCCUGAGCCUGGCUGUCCGGAGAGGUCAGAAGCUAGAGGACAGGGAGGAGCAGUGCCUAUAUGUGUCCGCGCCCCUGGAACUCAGGCCUCGGGUCAGCUGCGAGCAGAACUGCGGGCCAGUGAGUGCUGACGAAGACAUGGUGCUCGGGGUCACGAUGGGAGGUGAUGCCCCCGUGGCCAUGUUCAGCUGGUAUUUAGAUGACACCUCGCUAGAGAAGGCUGAGCCCCUUCCAGCUGCCUGCACACUCAGAGGAUUUUGGCCAAGUUCUCUAACCCUCCUUCAGAGCAACACCUCCACGCUGCGGCUGAACAGCUCCUUCCUGCAGACCUGGGAAGAGGGCGUCCGCAUCAGAGCCACAGCACUGGCCAGGCAUGCCUAUGGGCAGGACACCUAUGUGAUCAGCAACCUGCCUCCCCCCGAGGUGCCAGCCUGCACCAUCACCCCAGAGGAGGGCGACAUUCUGACGAGUUUCACCAUCUCGUGCAAUGCCUCCACGGCCCCGGCCCCACUGCAGUACUGCUUCUGUCUGGAAUCAGGUUCCUGCCUACACUGUGGCCCCGAGCCAGCCCUCGCAUCAGUUUAUCUACCACUUGGAAAGGAAAGCAAUGACUUUAUGCUGACAGUGGUCAUUUCUGUCACUGACCGUGCAGGCAGCAGGCAGCAGACUUAUGCCAUGGUUAAGGUAAGGUUUGGAGACACACGUGUGGAGGAUGCGGCGUUCCAGGCUUCAGUGUCAGAGACCAUUACUGCUGUUCUGGAAGGGGAGCAUGGCUCUGAGCAGCUUUUCCAGCUGGCCAAGUCUGUGUCCUCCGUGCUGAACCAGGAGUGCCCAGGGAAUGGCUUUGGGCAGCUGCUGGAAAUGGACACCAGAAAGAAGGUCAGAGAGCAUGUGCUGGGGUCUCUGUCUGCCAUCACUGUCACCCUGGAGGAGAUGCAGAGGGUGCAGAGGCUGGCUGAAGUGCUCAGAGAGGUGACCCACCGCAGUGAGGAACUCACACCCUUGGCCCAGUGGGAGGCCAGCCGGGCUCUUCAACAUGCCAGUGAGGCCCUGUUGGCAGCGAGUGCCAGGGCCCAUCCUAAGGACCAGAGACGCCAGGCAGCCACCAGGGACCUGUUUCAGGCUGUGGGCAGCGUGUUGGAGGCUUCCCUGAGUGAUAGACCAGAAGAGCCCAGAGAGGCCUACAGCAGCCAGACUGCCACAGUGCCACAGCUGCUCGGCGUUGUGGGGCACGUACAGACAGCCCUCCUGCAGGGGAGCCUGCCUGGGGGCCUGCCAGCCAUGCUGGCCACCCCCUCCAUGUCUGUGUACACAAACAGAAUACAGCCACAGAGCUGGCGAGGCCCCUCUGUGCAUGUCGCUGCUGCUAACUCUGCGACCUUCACUCUUCCUGCUUCCUCCUCCCUCAGCUCUAUAGCAGACAGUCAUGAGCCUGUGGACAUACGGAUGACGAGUUUCCCAAAGAGCCCCUUCCUAGCCCACAGCCGCUUUGAUGUCAGUGGGACUGUUGGUGGCCUCCAUCUUACCAGCCCUAGUGGACAACUCAUACCUGUGAAGAAUCUGCGGGAGAAUAUCGAGAUCCUGCUGCCCCGGCUUUCAGAAGGAUAUGGCGAGCCGACUGUAUUGAACCUGACCGGCCCUGAGGCUUUGCGGGUGAACCUGACUUCAGGGGAGGCCGCUUUGGGGAUACAUUUGCACUGGAGACCUAGAAUCCCACUCACACUCACCCUGGGCUAUGGCUACCACCCUAACGAGACCAACCAUGAUGCCACAACUCACCUUCCACCAACAGCUGAUCCAGAUGGACUGUCCACAUGGAUCCUGAGACCAGAGGACCUGCAUUUUGGAGAAGGUGUCUACUAUUUGACUGUGGUCCCUGCCUGUGACUUGGAGCUGACUGCCGUCAGGGACCUCACAGUUGGCAUCACCACCUUCCUGUCCCAUUGUGUGUUCUGGGAUGAGGGCCAGGAAACCUGGGACAGCUCUGGGUGCCAGGUGGGACCACGGACCACCCCUUCCCAGACACACUGCCUCUGCAACCACCUCACCUUCUUUGGAAGCACAUUCCUGGUGAUGCCCAACGCCAUUGACGUCUUCCAGACUGCUGAGCUCUUUGCCACCUUCGAGGAUAACCCUGUGGUCAUGACCACGGUGGGCUGCCUCUGCGUGGCCUACGUGCUGGUGGUGAUCUGGGCCAGGAGGAAGGACGCUCAGGAUAAGGCCAAGGUAAAGGUCACAGUGCUGGAGGACAAUGAUCCCUUUGCCCAGUACCACUAUAUGGUGACAGUCUACACUGGACAUCGGCGGGGGGCAGCCACCUCCUCAAAGGUGACGGUCACUCUGUAUGGCUUGGAUGGAGAGAGUGAGCCCCACCACCUGGCAGACCCUGACACCCCGGUUUUUGAGCGAGGAGGAAUGGAUGUCUUCUUGCUCUCCACCCUGUUCCCCCUGGGGGACCUGCGGAGCCUCAGGUUGUGGCAUGACAACUCAGGGCACCAACCAUCCUGGUACGUGAGCCGGGUGCUGGUCCAUGAUCUGGCAAUGGACCAGAAAUGGCAUUUCCUCUGCAACUCUUGGCUGUCCAUUGAUGUUGGGGACUGCGUCCUUGAUAAGGUGUUUCCGGUGGCCACGGAACAGGACAGGAAACAAUUCAGCCACUUGUUUUCCAUGAAGACCUCCUCUGGCUUCCAGGAUGGACACAUUUGGUAUUCCAUCUUCAGCCGCUCCCCUUGGAGCAACUUCACUCGUGUCCAGAGGGUGUCCUGCUGCUUCUCCCUGCUCCUCUGCACCAUGCUGACCAGCAUCAUGUUCUGGGGUGUCCCCAAGGACCCAGCUGAGCAAAAGAUGGACCUGGGCAAAAUUGAAUUCACUUGGCAGGAAGUGAUGAUUGGGCUGGAGAGCUCACUCCUCAUGUUUCCCAUCAACCUCUUGAUCGUUCAGAUCUUUAGAAACACCCAUCCUCGGGCCACCAAGGAGCAGAAGACUGGGAAAUGGGGUUGGGGGUCCUCCAGCCUGCCUCCCUCCCCACAGCCAGUGGAAGAUGGUCUUCUGACCCCUGAAGCAGUGAUCAAGGAUAUGUGUCGACUUGUCAGCUCACUGUUUAAAGCUCUCAAGGUGCCCUCCCCUGCCUCAGGCUGGGACUCAGCGAACUUGAUGGACAUCAACAAACUUCUGGCCUUGGUGGAAGAUGUCAUUUGUACGCAGAACGCAGCAGGGCAGGUGUUUGGUGAGGAAGCUAAAAAAAGAGAGGACCCUUUAACACUUGCUCGUGGGUCCAUACACGUCAAAGAGAAAAUGCAGUGCCUCAUACCCGAGGUGUCCCUGGGUGGCUCUCAGAAGGACAGAGUCUACAGGCAGUGUCUUUACCUCCAGCUGGAGCACAUGGAACAUGAGCUGCGGCUGCUGGGGCCCCGUGGCUUCCCCCAGCACCAGAGCCAUGCCCGGGCCCUCAGGCAGCUCCAGACCCUGAAGGACAACCUGGGGGGACAGCCAGGCAUCCCGGGCCCAGCACGCCCCAGCUCCCCACCAAUGAGCAGACCCCCUUGUGGCCUGCCCUGGUGGUGCAUCCUGGUGGGCUGGCUUCUGGUGGCGGCCACCAGCAGUGUGGCAGCCUUCUUCACCAUGCUCUACGGCCUGCACUAUGGGCGUGCCAGCUCCCUCAAGUGGCUCAUCUCUAUGGCGAUUUCCUUCGUGGAGAGCGUGUUCGUCACCCAGCCCCUGAAGGUCAGGUCCCAUCAGAAGGAGGUAUCUAUAGUUACCAAAGUAGAGCCUGGUUUUUACCAACCAUUUGGGGACUGUCCUCAUGUUCUUUUUUUCACAGAUCCCUAUGCCUUGUUCCGAGCACAAAGAAACAGCAGAAGGGACAUCUACCAGCCACCUCUUACCACUGAUGUUGAGAAGAUGAAAAUCACCCACCUCAAGGAACAGAGAGCAUUUGCCCUAAUCAGAGAGAUCUUGGCAUACCUGGGCUUCUUGUGGAUGCUGCUACUGGUGGCCUAUGGACAGAGAGACCCCAGCGCCUACCACUUCAACAGACACCUUCAGCACAGCUUCACUCAAGGCUUUUCCGAUGUGCUGAGCUUCCAGCAGUUCUUCACAUGGGCCAACACCACCCUUGUAAGCAACCUGUACAGUCACCACCCAGGCUUUAUCACCGAUGGGAACUCCAAGCUGGUUGGCAGUGCCCAGAUUCGCCAAGUGAGGGUCCGGGAAAGCUCUUGCCCUCUUGCUGAGCAGCUGCAGGCUUCUCUUGAUGGCUGCCGGGCACCAUAUUCCCUGGAUGUUGAAGACCUGUCAGACUAUGGGGAAGGCUGGAACGCCUCCACCCCCAAUAGCAGCAAUGGCUUUCCCCAGGCUUGGCAGUACCAGAGCCAGAGCCAGCGCCGAGGUUAUCCCAUCUGGGGCAAACUCACUGUGUAUGGCGGAGGAGGCUACACAGUCUCCCUGGGGACUGAUCGCCAAAGUGCUUCAAGAAUUCUCCGGUAUCUCUUCGACAACACCUGGUUGGACACCCUGACCAGAGCUCUGUUUGUGGAGUUCACUGUCUACAAUGCCAAUGUCAACCUGUUCUGCAUCGUCACUUUGACCCUGGAGACCAACGCCCUGGGAACUUUUUUUGCACAUGCGAACCUCCAGAGCCUCCGCCUGUACCCCUUCACCGAUGGCUGGCACCCCUUCGUGGUGGCAGCAGAGGUUCUCUACUUCCUCUUCCUCCUCUACUACAUGGUGGUGCAGGGCAAGCUCAUGAGGAAGCAGAAAUGGUGCUAUUUCUGCAGCAAGUGGAAUCUUCUGGAACUGGCCAUCAUCCUGGCCAGCUGGAGUGCCCUGGCGAUGUUUGUGAAGAGGGCUGUCCUAGCGGAGCGUGACAUCCAUCACUACAGGGGCCACAGGGAGGAGGGGAUCAGUUUUAGUGAGACAGCAGCAGCUGACGCUGCCCUUGGCUACAUCAUUGCCUUCUUGGUACUCCUGUCUACGGUGAAGCUAUGGCAUCUGCUCAGGUUGAACCCCAAAAUGAACAUGAUCGCAUCAGCCCUGUGCCGUGCCUGGGGCGACAUCUCAGGCUUUAUCAUCGUCAUCCUUGUCAUGCUCCUGGCUUACUCCAUCACUUCACACUUAAUAUUUGGUUGGAAACUCCUUUCCUACAAAACCCUCUUUGAUGCAGUGGAAACAAUGAUCAGCCUUCAGCUGGGAAUCUUCAACUACCAGGAGGUUCUGGACAAUAGCCCAGUGCUUGGCUCCCUCCUGGUUGGGUCCUGCAUUGUGUUCAUGACAUUUGUGGUGUUGAAUCUAUUUAUCUCUGUCAUCCUGGUGGCCUUCAGUGAGGAGCAAAAACACCAUCAGCUAUCGGAGGAAGCAGAGAUUGCCGAUUUGCUACUGAUGAAAAUACUCAGUUUCCUGGGCAUUAGAGGUAAAAGAGAGGAGCCUCAAAGCAGCAGUGAGAAGCUUGGAGAGCUGACAGAAGCUGGGGCCCCUGAACUGGCACACGCUGCACCCAAGGUUUAA